CGGCCUCUACUUUCGGCAACAUCUGUACCCUAUGCCUCCCGGAUUCGUCGAGACAACUCCUGCCGAGGGGGUGAAUCAAGCACCCACGGUGUCGGAAUCCCGCCAGGCCUACCCUGGGUCCUCAGCCUUCCAGGCUGAACACCCACGCGGCCAACCACGCGCUCUAGCUACCCUACCUUUGACUCACCAUAUCACGCUUUUGCGCUAUCCCAGCCUUAUCGAGCGGACAGGUCAGCAGAAUACUGAUGCUAUAUCGAGGAAAGACGAUGGUCUCAAUCGAUUCAAAGGACUAAUCAGGACUCCAGGCAACCCUACUACAGCAGAGUUUGUGUUUGCCGUGCACGACUUUGGAGUAACGUUAGAACCCGAUGGUAUAUUUCGACGAUGACUAAUAUCGGUAUCUGCGACACCAGUCAUAUCUGCCUGUCUUGGUCCAAAAUUUACAUUUUUUGCG